GUGUAGCGCGAGGACGAACCACAGACAGUGUACCGGAAGCCGGAAGCACUAUGAUCGGUUACGGUCGAGCCGCUUGGGCUACGGCUUGGGUUCUGUUCGCCCUACACAUUGGAGGUUCUCAUCAGCAGCAACAGCUACAGUGUACCACACCGACAAGAUUGCGGGGACGAUGCAUUUCCAUUUACGAGUGUGACAGCAUACUGGACUACUUCAAGCAGCGAAUCCUCACCUGGGAGGAACGCGAAUUCCUACGCAAGUCUCAGUGCACUGGCGCCACAAGUGGUCGCCAACCGUUCGUGUGCUGCCCCGGAAAUGGUGCCAAACCAGUUGUGCCAUCUCCGGCCGGUCCUGCCGAGCAGGCUGCUACUACCACCACACAGGCACCGACCAGCGAUGCUGUGCUCGAUCAGCUCGUCGGUGGUCUGUUGCCGAAUCCGAAAAAGAACGAAUGUGGCGUUAGCAUUGGCAUGAGAAUAUACGGUGGUGAAAAUGCGGACAUCGACGAGUUUCCCUGGUUGGCGUUGAUGCAGUACGAAAAUCGGAAAGGCGAGCGAAAAUACAGCUGCGGUGGAUCGUUAAUCAAUCAGCGGUAUGUCCUAACCGCUGCCCACUGUGUGGUUGGCGAGGUGGAACGCAAGGAGGGCACACUCGUUGCCGUACGAUUGGGCGAGUACAACACGAACACCGACAUUGAUUGCGUCACGGAGGAUCAGGAGCAAAUCUGUGCAGAUCCACCAAUCGAUGCGGCAGUCGAAUCGAGCAUCGUUCAUCCGGAGUACGAGCAGAUGGCUCACGCACACGACAUAGCCCUGGUGCGGCUGGCAAGGUCGAUCGUGUAUACGGAUUUUGUGCAACCGGUUUGUCUGCCGUUGGCCGACUUCAGAGCAUCAAAAGCGGGUGAAGUUAACUUUGUAACCGGGUUUGGUCGUACGCUGAAAGGAAGUCGCAGUGUAAUCAAGCAGAAGUUGGGCAUCAAGGUGUACGAUCACGAUCGUUGUCGGGAGAAGUACAUGACGAAGAACUCGUUGAUAACGACCAAUCAGAUCUGUGCUGGCGGUGAGUUUGCGAAGGACUCGUGUCACGGUGACUCCGGUGGUCCGUUGAUGAAGCUCCAGAAGGUAUGGUACCUGGAGGGAAUCGUUUCCUACGGUAACCGAUGUGGGCUAGAGGACUGGCCAGGAGUUUACACGCACGUUCCAGCAUAUAUGGCUUGGGUGAGAAGUAACAUUAAGGCGUAAGGGA